AUGUCGUCCGACACCCAAGAGGCCGCUUGGCAGGCCAUUGCACGCCGCAAACAAGCUGAACGCUCCCAAUGUAUCCCCGCCAAAUGGCUGAUUCCCACUCGCCUAUUACCCAAAGAUCCUCCGACACUUCAAGACGGGCCUCAGAAUGUCCUUGAUUUACCUCGCCAGUGCCUGUCGCAGGCAGAGAUCGCCAUUACAGAAAACCACACCGUCGCUACGCUCGUGUCCGCAAUCACUUCUCGCAGACUCUCCGCCGUCGAAGUCACCGAGGCCUUCUGCCAUCGAGCGGCCAUCGCACAGCAAUUGACCAAUUGCCUGACCGAACCAUUGUUUGAAUCUGCGAUAAAUCGGGCGAAGAAGCUAGACGCAUACCUACAAGAGCAUGGCAAACCCUUUGGACCGUUACACGGUCUCCCGAUAUCGAUGAAGGACACAUUCAACAUUGAGGGCGUCGAUAGCUCCAUCGGUCUAGCGGUUCUAUGCCAUAAGCCCGCGAAGAAGAACGCUCCACUGGUCAAUCUGCUCCUGUCUCUCGGGUGUGUGGUCGUGGCAAAGACGAAUAUUCCGCAGACUCUGGCGUCGCUGGACUCGAUCAACAACGUCUUUGGCCGCACCAUGAACCCUAUCAACAGACUUUGCACGGCAGGUGGGUCUUCAGGCGGCGAAGGUGUCCUCGUCGCUAUGAAAGGUUCCAUGAUCGGGAUUGGUACGGACAUUGGAGGCAGCAUUCGCGUCCCUGCCAUGUGCAACGGCGUCUACGGCUUCAAACCAAGCAACGGCCGCGUCCCGUACGGCGGCCAGGCCGAAACUGGCUGGAAAGGCGUCAGUCGCACCAGCGUCCAAGCCGUCGCGGGCCCUAUUGCUCGGAAUAUCGAAGACAUCGACAUCCUCAUGCGCGAGAUCGCCGUGCGUGCACCUCGGUACGGCGAAGACUGCAUGCCGACACCGUGGCCUCAAAAUCGCUUGCUACGGCCUCAAGGUUGCGGCCCCAACGGCGAACUGGUCAUCGGCAUCCUCCGUAGUGACGGUAACUGCGCGCUCCUCCCGCCCAUCACCAACGUUCUCGACGACGUCGCAGCCAAACUCCGCACGACACCUCAGAUCUCGGUCGUCGAGCUCCAGUGCCCAAAGGCUUGGACUAAAUGCCAGUCCGUCAUGUCCAAGCUCAUGGGCGUCGACGGCGGUGCUCUCAUGGCCGAAAUGAUCGACUCGACGGCUGAACCGCUCGUGCCGUGGAUGAAGACGCGAUUCCGCAAGCGCAGGCCCAUUGAGUUCGUCCGACUCGUUGAACUCCAAGCCCAACGCGCCGAGUUGGAGCGCGAAAUGCUCAAUAUCUGGGUUUCAAACGACAGCGAGGGUCGACGAACGCAGAAACUGGAUGCAAUCGUCUGUCCGGUCGCGCCGCACCCGGUGCCGCCGAUUGAAGGAUACAACGCGGUCGGCAUGACGAGUUCGUGGGUUCUCCUCGAUUAUCCCGCGGGGACGGUGCCGGUACGGGAUUGCGAAAUGAGGGAUCUGGAGCUGGGACGUCCGCAAGCUGGGGAGAGCCUGGGUUCGUGGGACGAGAAGAAUCGGGAGCUUUGGGAUGAGGGGAAGAUUGAUAGGCGGGUGUAUUUGGGGACGCCAUUGAGUGUGCAGGUGGUGGUGCCGAGGCUGAUGGAUGAGAAGUUGGUGGAUGCCAUGAGGUGGAUUGAUGAGUCUGUUAAGCUGGAUGGUGAGAGUGGAAGCAGUGUGAGAGCAAGGCUGUGA